UUUUCCAGUAGAAACUAGGAGGGAGUAGGGAGAGUCUGCAAGGGGAAGAGUGUAUCUGUGACACUGCUAGCAGCGCGGAGAGGGAGGGAUGGGGGCGGGUGUCGGUGUAGGGGCCUUCGGAAAGAACGGAUAUCGCUGUAACACCGCGAGGACGCUCUGAGGGGACGAGUGUCGGUGUGGCACCGGUGCACGCUGAAGGAGCCGGCGGAACGGGGUGGCCAUGGGGAUGUGGGCAUCGCUGGACGCUUUGUGGGAGAUGCCAGCCGAGAAGCGUAUCUUCGGAGCCGUGCUGCUCUUCUCCUGGACAGUGUAUGUUUGGGAGACCUUCCUAGCACAGCGGCAGAGAAGGAUAUAUAAAACAACAACUCAAGUACCACCAGAGUUAGGACAGAUCAUGGAUUCUGAAACAUUUGAGAAAUCUCGACUGUAUCAACUGGAUAAAAGCACUUUCAGCUUCUGGUCAGGACUCUAUUCAGAGAUUGAAGGCACUCUUAUUCUUCUCUUUGGAGGAAUACCUUAUCUCUGGAGACUUUCUGGACGGUUCUGCGGUUAUGCUGGCUUUGGACCAGAAUAUGAGAUCACUCAGUCCCUGGUGUUUCUGCUGUUGGCUACACUUUUCAGUGCAUUGACUGGUUUGCCCUGGAGUCUUUACAAUACUUUUGUGAUAGAAGAAAAACAUGGUUUCAAUCAACAGACUUUGGGGUUCUUCAUGAAAGAUGCAAUCAAGAAAUUUGUUGUGACUCAGUGUAUUUUGUUGCCUGUGUCUUCACUUCUACUUUACAUUAUUAAAAUUGGGGGUGACUACUUUUUUAUUUAUGCAUGGCUGUUCACAUUAGUUGUGUCUCUGGUUCUUGUCACAAUCUAUGCCGAUUAUAUUGCCCCUUUAUUUGACAAAUUCACACCUCUGCCUGAGGGAAAGCUUAAAGAAGAAAUUGAAGUAAUGGCAAAGAGUAUUGACUUUCCUUUGACUAAGGUGUAUGUUGUGGAAGGAUCUAAACGCUCUUCCCACAGCAAUGCUUAUUUUUAUGGCUUCUUCAAGAACAAGCGAAUAGUUUUGUUUGACACUCUACUAGAAGAGUACUCUGUACUAAACAAAGACAUCCAGGAGGAUUCUGGCAUGGAACCCCGCAAAGAGGACGAAGGGAACAGUGAAGAAAUAAAAGCUAAAGUUAAAAAUAAGAAACAAGGAUGUAAAAAUGAGGAGGUACUCGCUGUACUAGGCCAUGAACUGGGGCACUGGAAGUUGGGACACACAGUCAAAAAUAUCAUUAUUAGCCAGAUGAAUUCUUUCCUGUGUUUUUUUUUAUUUGCUGUAUUAAUUGGUCGAAAAGAGCUUUUUGCUGCAUUUGGUUUUUAUGAUAGCCAGCCCACACUAAUUGGACUAUUGAUCAUCUUCCAGUUUAUUUUUUCACCUUACAAUGAGGCCAAGUCAGGAGGAUCACUUGAGGCUAAGAGUUCAAGACCAGCUGGGGCAAUAUAAAUAUACCAAGAUGCCAUCUCUACCAAAAAAAAAAAAAAAAUCUAGCCCGUAGUCCCAGCUACUCAGGAGGCGGAGGUGAGUGGAUCAUUUGAAGUCGGGAGUUUAAGACUAGCCUGGCCAACACAAUAGAGCCCCAUCUCUACUAAAAAUACAAAAAUUAGCUGGGUGGGUGUGCAUGCCUGUAAUCCCAGCUACUCAGGAGGCUGAGGCAGGAGAAUUGCUUGAACCAGGACCCAGGAGUCGGAGGUUACAGUAGCCAGGAGCGUGCCACUGUACUCCAAGCUGGGCAACAAAAUGAGAUUCUGUCUCAAACAAAACAAAACCAAAUAAUUAAAAAAACGCUUUGGAGAGUCCAGGAUACUUCUUUCAAAAGGUUAACUGUUUAAGCAGAAAAUCUAUGUUUAAUGUCAGAGUUUAAAGAGGUAUUCAUAGGAAAGGACAUUUUCCUGGGGGAAAUGGGAAAAUUGCCCUAUUAAGCAGAGUUUGGAAACAUACAACAAAACAGGUGCAAGUUAGUAUCUGCUUAUGUUUUUAUGUCUUACAAUGAGAAUCAAAGAAGAGUUUACCUGGAAGACUUAAAAUCAGAAGAGAGUGAAAGAGAAUGGGAUUUAUAUGAGACUAGUUAAUGAUUCUGUCCCUAAAAGUAUAAUCAAGAUUAAAAAAAAUUCAGACGGAAUUCAAUUAUUAGUUUUGAACAGAUCUGAGAAGCUGUUAGAGACUCUCACAUUUUAUUUUGAAACUGUAUUUGCUACUGGCAAAUAAACAUGAGACUUUUAAACUUUCUUUUUCUUAAAUGUUUAAUGCCAAAAUGCUUUAAGAAAUAGAAAUCAUGUCAUUUAACCUGCAGUAUGCAAAGAAAUUAUUUUUCCCUCAGGAUUUAUAUUUUCAAAUGAAAUUAUUUCCUUUUUAGUGGUCACCUUCAGAAAUCAUAUACUUAUUCUGAUGAUGCUGCCAUAGCUCAGAACACUUCAGAAAACCCAAUUUUGAGACCGUCAUUAGAGGCUCGUUCGUGGCAUAUUUUUAAGAAUAUUCUCAGUAAAGACUGUCAUUAUCCUUUAAAGGUGGAUAAGUGAUCAGGAAUAUUUUUAAAAAUAAAGAGUCUGAAUAUAAAUUACUAUGAAAUAACUGAUUCUGAGAAAGGUGAUGUGCAUUGGUUUUAGAUUCUCUAAGUAUGUAAGUACUACCACCUUUCAGCUGUGUGAUCUUUUCCAUCUGCAAAGCAGGAGUAAGAGGCUGUUGGAGAAUUCAUAAAGUACCAGCUCAGUUCCUGCUGCAUGGCAUUUCACUAAGGAUAGCAUUCAUUUGGAUAUAUAGGUUAGGUGUUCCUUAUUCAGAAUGCUUGAGACCAGAGCAUUUCAGAUUUCAGAUUUUUUUUGGAUUUUGGAGUAAUUAUGUUAUAUAUACUGGUUAAGCAUCUCUAAUCCAAGAAUCUAAAAAAUCUGAAAUCUAAAAAUACUCUAGUGAGCAUGACUUUUUUUUUUUGAGAUGGAGUCUCACUGUGUCACCCAGGCUAUAGUGUAAUGGCACAAUCUCAGCUCAUUGCAACCUCUGCCUCCCAGGUUCAAGCAGUUCUCCUGCCUCAUCUUCCCAAAUAGCUGAGAUUAUAGGAGUGCACCACCACACCCAGGUAAUUUUUGUAUUUUUAGUAGACAUGGGGUUUCACCAUGUUGGCCAGGCUUGUCUUGAACUCCUGACCUCAGGGGGUCCACCUGCCUUGGCCUCCCGAAGUGCUUGGAUUACAGGUGUGAGGCACUGCUUCUGGCCUGAGCAUGACUUGAGUCUCUUGUCAGCACUCAAAAAGUUUCAGAUUUUGAAGCAUUUCAGAUUUCAAAUUUUCGGUUAGGGAUGUUUAACUUGUAUGUCUGUUUCUGGCCUGUUUGGUUGGGGAAAAUAAGGCUCAAUUUAUAAUUUCCUCACCAUAGGUCCCCUAAAUAUUAGUGAUCUUUCUUUUGUCCUGCCAUUUCUCUUAUCCCAAGUCAAAACUUCCUCUACAGUCUCAGCUCAGGUAACCUUCAGUGACAAUGAAGAGGUGAACAGUGGCUAAAACC